CGCGCUAUCGCUUAUCGGUCCGCCUAGUCGGUCGUUCGUCGUUCUUGCAGUUGCAUUACAAACAACCCAUGUUCGUAUAUAUUGAUUUUUCUAGCCAGAUUACUUUAUAUAAUAGAGAAAACGGCUUCAUUGUAAGAUAAGCUUUACUAUUUUCAAAAAUAUUCUGGCCGUGAUGUGAUGUAAUUUGUGGAAAUUAAUUAAUUGUUCCUGGACCGUGUGCCAUGGCGGAUCGAAUGGAAUCUAAUUGCCGUACAGAUUAUAGUGUCUUUUGGUGGGUUUUCUCUACUAUUUGCUUACCAUUCACAUUGCCUUAUCUUGUUUUCAAAAUAAUUGAUAUUGCAAAAGAGCGACGUUAUCGAGAGUGUCUACCAGGAAAGGUGGUAGUAAUUACUGGCGCAAGUUCUGGUCUUGGAGAGGCUCUUGCCCAUAUAUUUUUCCUGGCUGGAUGUAAAGUUGUGCUUUGUGCUAGACGGAAACAUGAGCUGGAACGUGUUCGGAAGGAUUUGUUAGCUCUUUAUACGACCGUGGAAACUCAUUCACCUGUAAUUGUACCAUUGGAUCUUUCCGAUAUCAAUUCCCUCCCGUUGAAGAUUAAAGAGAUACUGGAAAUCCAUGGCCACAUUGAUAUUAUGAUAAACAACGGGGGCGUUAGUGUCCGCUCGGAUUGUGUUUCUACCGCUAUGGAUGUAGAUAUUAAGGUGAUGUUAGUCAACUAUUUCGGAACAGUGGCACUGACCAAAGCUUGCCUUCCAUCUAUGAUUGAACGCAAGCAGGGAAGAAUCGUUUGCAUCUCGAGUGUUCAAGGAAAGUUUAGCAUUCCACAUCGAUCGGCAUACGGCGCAUCCAAACAUGCUUUACAAGGUUUUUGUGAUAGUUUGAGAGCCGAAAUAAGUGAGCAUAAUGUAAAAGUGACUCUGGUAUCGCCCAGUUACAUCAGAACUGCUUUAUCCUUAAAUGCAUUAACGGGAACUGGAGAACAAUAUGGCAGAAUGGAUUCAACAACAGCGUCGGGCGCAUUACCCAAAACAGUUGCCAAACGCGUUUUAACGGCUGUACUACGUAAUGAACAGGAUGUCACAAUAGCGUCACUUGCUCCAAAGAUGGCAUACUGGGUUCGACAUUUGUGUCCUUCGUUGUACUUUUGGUUCAUGGCAAGACGUGCUAAAAAGCUAAAUGCAUCCCUAGUAGCAGAAAACAAGUAAAAAUUAAGUAAACAGAAAUUAAAACCAAAGUUCUUUUUUUGCUUCU